UCUCCGUCACCCUCCUCCUAUUCUUUGCUGCUCUCCAUCGCCCUCUCCCGUCUCCUCGGCCUUCGCUUCCUUCCUCACUCCCUCCGCCUCUCAUUCGCCGGCGGCGAACGAAGCUUCCGUCGCCGACCCAAACUUCUUUUCGGGCUCGAGUCCACUGUCGAGUACUCCAUUUCCUCCCUCGGCCGUGGCCUUCGAUUACCUGGAUACAGGGGAAGAAAGAGGAGGGUGGAGUCGCUCCACGUGGCGGUCGCCCGGUGCGGCGCCGUUACUGAGCUUCUCGACUCCUCUCACGUGCGUUCUGCUUUAGGAUCGGUGAAAAACCGCUGACGUGGUGUUGUCGUAGAGGGCUUUAUAUUAGGAACGCCCUUUAAUAGUAGUUUUAUUCGACUCAACCUCAAUCUCAAUCCCUCCGUCAUCAACUCUCCGUCCGUCCCCCGGCGGUUGAAGGCGGCUACCGGUGACCAUUGUCCUGCGAAUAGGAGGAAUCCCCCUGGUCCCGAAACCUAGGAAGAAAAGCCUAAGCGAAGAGAGAAAGAGCGAUGGCGAUUGCAAGAACGGGGGUUUUCGUGGACGAUUAUUUGGAGUAUUCGAGCACGUUGGCAGCGGAGCUGCAGCGGCUUCUCAACACGAUGAGAGAACUCGACGAAAGAGCCCAAGGUAUAAUCAGCCAGACAAAAGAGCAGACAAAGUACUGCUUAGGUAUGCCUUAUAGCUCAAAAAAGGUUGGCCAUGAAGAUGAAGAAGCUGUAUUUGAGAAGAUGAAGAAGGAGAUUGAAGCUAGCCAGGAAAGGGCAUUGAGCCUUUGUACUGAGAAAGUUUUGCUAGCACGACAAGCAUAUGAUCUGAUAGAGAGCCAUGUGAAGAGGCUUGAUGAGGACUUGAACCAGUUUGCAGAAGAUCUGAAGCAAGAAGGAAAAAUACCACCAGACGAGCCAGCAAUCCUUCCGCCACAACCUAUAGUCGCUAGGGAUGAAAAACGCAAGGGAGGUUAUAUAACACCUCAAUCAAAACGGUUGAAAGAAAAGGAUUGGGAGAGGGAGCGAGAUAUGGAUCUUGAGCUGAUGCCUCCUCCCGGCAGUCAUAAGAAAAAUAUUCCUGCAUCUGUUGAUGUAGAUCAACCCAUUGAUCCAAAUGAACCAACAUAUUGUAUCUGCCAUCAGGUGUCUUUUGGAGAUAUGAUCGCAUGUGACAAUGAGAAUUGUGAAGGAGGUGAAUGGUUCCACUAUUCAUGUGUUGGCCUCACCCCAGAGACUAGAUUUAAGGGCAAAUGGUUUUGCCCAACAUGCAGGAAUCAACAAUAGUGGUUUAAUGUAGCUUAAAUAGCUGCCUAGGUGCAAAGUACUGCCUUCCUGCAAUCAGCAUAGCCGUUGCAUAUGAGCAAUACUGCAGUUCCUUUCUGUUCUAAAUUUUAAGCAGGUUGGAACAUUUCUGUUGAUGUAUAUUACCUGAUAAAAAAAAAUGCCUUCUUGUGUAAUCACUUCUCUGAAUGACGAGUGCAUACGCCAGUCUCUGAAGGAGGGCUUGUGGUUCUUUUGCUGUCUACAAGAAUGCAGUGUAGAGUGGCUUCAGUUUCUUCUUCAGCUGUCUCCAAGAUGGGUCUCUAUGUGCUUAAUAAAUAAGCAUUAUGAUCAUGUUCAAUGGUGGUUGGGUGAUUGACUGAUAUUACAAGGAACAGUGUUAUAUCAGUUUUAGUCAGGAUGCCCAGGCUUAUGAUGAUUAUGUAUGCCUUUGAAGAGCUUCUUCAAUGUUUUUAAUUUAUCAAAAAAAUAAAAAAUAUUUCCCAACAA